AUUGUUUUAAAAUAAAAAUGCAAGACGAUGUCGAAUCCAUUGAUUUAUCUCCUGAAAUUCAAGAAUUAUCGAUUAUACAGAUUUUUGGAUACGAUGGAAAAAUUCCGCUUAAAGUUCAUCCCGAUCAGGAACAUAUGAUCUUUGUGAUUGGAAAUAAAAUCUCCAUUCUUAACAUAAAAUCUAAUAAACAAGAAUUUUUAUCAGGCCACACUCAUAAAAUAUCUGCAUUUGAAGUUUCUGUAACUGGCAGACUUAUUGCUUCAGGUCAAGUAAAUCACAUGGGAUUUCGAGCUAAUCUUAUUGUAUGGGAUUGGGCUAAGCGAUGUGAAAUUUUACGACAUGAAAUUCAUAAAGUUCGUGUUCAAGAUUUGACAUUUUCAUCUGAUGAAGAUCAUGUCAUAAGUUUGGGAGGAAAAGAUUGUGGAAUGAUAAUUGUUUGGAAUAUUGAGAAGAAUAUGGCAGUUUGUGGACAAAUGGCAGCCAGGGAAACAACUGGUGAAGCAGUAAUUAUCGGAGGAAUGCAUCGUCAAAGUAGAAUUUUUAUUUCUGGUGGAAGUCAAAAUCUACGUUUGUGGAAACUUGAUUCUAUAACACGACGAAUAUCUGCACAAGAUGUUGCCGUUGGUAAGCUUAGACGUGACUUUACAUGUAUGAAAGUUGAUGCUAGAGAUGAAAUCAUGUAUGUGGGAACGAAAUCUGGAGACGUUGUUAAAAUUUACCUGAACUGCAAUGAUAAUUCAUCUUCAAACACUUCUGACAAGAUCCCAAUAUUGCUGGGAUGUUUUGCUCGACAUAAUCCUAAAAAGCCAUUCGGGAAAGAUUGCGAGAAAUUUGAAAAUGGCGUUCGUGAUUUGUUGAUUUUACCAUCAGGUCAACUGAUAAUCGGAGCUGGAGAUGGAAGCGUAGAAAUCGUAGAAGAAAGAAAUUGUAAAUUUAAAGAUUAUCCGUCACCAACCUGGCCAAAUUUUAAAGUUUUAAAACGUACAAAAGUUUUUGGAGUCAUAUCAUCGCUACAACUUUUAAAAAAUGAGUUGCUACUCAUUGGAACUGAAAAUUGUGAGAUGUAUUCGAUUCCUUUAAAAACAUUCGACGGAAAUCAGAUGAAACUACUGAAAACAUGCCACACAAGCAGAGUCAAUGACAUUGCAUUUCCAUAUCAAUUUAAUUCAUGCUUCGCAACUGCAAGUUAUGAAUCAAUUCGAAUAUGGUCAAGUACAAAGAAGGUUGAACUUCUUCGAAUUGUUGUUCCAAAUUUUGAGUCAAAAUCUGUAAUAUUUUCUCGUGAUGGAAAAUCAAUUGUUUCUGCAUGGAAUGAUGGAAUCAUUCGUGCAUUUACACCAUUGACUGGAAAGUUAAUGUAUGCAAUUCCAAAUGCACAUAACAAAGGUUGCACUGCCGUGGCUCUGACAUCAAAUGGAAAAACUUUAGUGUCGGGUGGUGUCGAGGGUCAAGUUCGUGUUUGGAAGAUUGAACCAGAAAAGCAAUCAUUAAUUGGCGUUUUAAAAGAACAUUUUGGUCCAAUAUCAACUGUUGACAUAAACAAAUUCGAUACAGAAGUCAUUAGUGCAUCUUCGGAUGGUUCAUGCAUAAUUUGGGAUCUGCCUCGAUUAUCACGUAAGCACGUGUUGUUUGCAAACACUCAAUUUACUGCUGCACAAUAUUUUCCAACUGCUGUUCAAAUAUUGACGUCAGGAACUGAUCGCUCCAUAAGUUAUUGGGAAGUUUAUGAUGGUUCUUUAGUGAGGGAGAAAGAAGGUAGCAAAAAUGGUCCAAUAAAUUGUUUGGCACUCAAUUCAACCGGCGAAUAUUUCGUGAGUUCUGGAAAUGAUUGCAUCGUAAAGUUGUGGAAUUAUGAGUCAGGAGACAUCGUCGCUCAAGGUUUUGGACAUGCAGGAAUUGUUACUGCCUGCAAAUACAGCCCGGAUUCGAAAUUUCUGGUCACAGGCGGUUCCGAUGGAGCUGUUUUUAUUUGGAAGAUUCCCGAAGAAUUUCAUAUUGAUUCCGAAGUCAAAUUAGAGAAGUCAAUCAAAAAAGUCGACACUCAUUUAAAGCAACCGGAACAAAUUCGUGAAAUUGGAAGUCGUCGUUCAAGCCGAAUGUCAUCUCUUGUCACUAAUUGUCCUCCAGUUGACGCAAAGAAACAACCAAAUAUGCAUCCAAAAAUAAAUGCAAACAUGCUUACUUGA